AUGGGAGAUAAUAAAUGUUUUGAGGCACGUGAAAACAUUUUAAAGUUUCAGGAAGAGAUGCUUAACAUCAAAAGCUUUGAAAAUGAAAUGAAACAAAAGGAAAAGGAGGUCAUUUUCCAGAAGAGAAUUGAAAUAAAUUCACAUGAAGAAAGCAUAAUCCCAGUUCGAUCAAAUUUGGAAAUUUAUCAAAAGUAUACAAUUGAAUCUAUGGAAUUGAGUAAGGAAGAAAACAGUGUUUCGUCAAAAAAUAAGGUAGAAAAUGUACAAGAAAGGAGAAAAAUAGCAAAUGAAUGGAAGGAAAAAGGAAAUGAUUUUGUCAAAUUAAAGGAUUAUGUUUCAGCAAUUAACAUGUACUCGAAAGCCAUUGAUAUAUAUCCAGACGACCCAGUUUUUUACUCAAACAGAUCUCAAUGUUUUUUGAAUUUAGAGAACUACGGUGAAUGCAUCAACGAUGCAACAAAUGCCCUAAAGUUGGACAUACAUUUAUCAAAGGCUUAUUAUCGUCGCAUGAUGGCAUAUGAAAAACUUAAUGAAAAUAUUAAAGCUCUUCAGAAUUGUCAGGAAUGGAUGAGUACAUUGCCAAACGAUCAAUUAGCAAAGAACUCUUAUGAUCGCAUUCACAACAAAAUCAUAGAAUUCACAAAACAAAAAGAAAAGAAAAAAAUCCGAUGGUCUCGAUUGACAGAUUUCAACAAUUUCAUAUAUGAUAAGCCAUUACAUGCUCAGUCAAAAAAGAGUGUCCAAAAAGUCAACGUAACGCUCAAAAAAUCACAUUCUCCAAUUCCAGAUGACGUUAUAGAUACAAUUUUCAACAAUAACACAGGAGAACAUAAUGACACUUCUGAACAUGAUUCAAAACUUUUCAAGGCGAAUUUCCUAUCAAGUUCUUAUAUCAAACCUAAGCCUUUAAUUAUAGAAGACAAAAAUAUUGUAAAUGAAGCCAAUGAAAUUUUAAAAGCGAAUGAUAAGAAAGGACACGAAGAAAUACCAAAUUUGGAAAAUAUCGAAAAAAUUAAAAACGAAUUAAUCAUCCUUCCGCAAACUGGGCCUCAAUUUUAUGCUGCAUGGAAAGAACUUACUGACGAAUUAAGGUUCUUAUAUUUAAAAAAUAUAGCUGAAAAUAACGUUAAAAUAGGAAAACUCCUUGGAGCUCAACUCAAUAGCGAAAUGCUUGCACAAAUCAUACAAGUUGUUCAUAAAUAUUUUAUAUCAUACAAAAUCUCGUAUAUUGAUUUCAUCCACGAAUUAAGUAAAAAUUCUGAGUUGUCAGUUCUAUCAAUGUUUUUGGAAAAUGAAGAUAAGAAAAAUUUAGAGGAGCUUCUCAAUAUUUUCCAAAAUGAUAACGAUGAUACAUUCCUGGUUAAACAAGUUCGUCAAAAUUUCGACAUUUAG